CCUAGUUGUGAACUGAGGAUACUACCUGGUUGUGAACUGAGGAAACUACCUAGUUGUGAACUGAGGAUACUACCUGGUUGUGAACUGAGGAAACUACCUAGUUGUGAACUGAGGAUACUACCUGGUUGUAAACUGAGGAUACUACCUGGUUGUGAACUGAGGAUACUUCCUGGUUGUGAACUGAGGAAACUACCUAGUUGUGAACUGAGGAUACUACCUGGUUGUGAACUGAGGAUACUACCUGGUUGUGAACUGAGGAUACCACCU